AAAAGACAUCAGUUCACCCACUGACUUCGCCAAGAGUACCUCUCGGCAUAUCCAAAUUAUUUCAUUGAAAUAAUAUUCAAUUUUCUGUGAAAAUGACUGACAAGAAGCAAAAUCUUCUGUUGAUGUUCGAUCGCCCCCAGGAGCCUUCGUUCAUGGUCAAGAAGGACGCCACCGAUGUCAGCCAUAAGUUUGACGUUCCCCAAAGUUUCUUGUCGGAUCGCUACAAACCAAUUGGUGCUGAAAUCGUCAACCGCUUCGGCGAAGAUGAAGGCAAUAAAAUUCCCGUCACCGAAAUUUCUCUGCCGCCAUUGGGAGAAAUUCUUGAUCUUGGUCGUCAAGAGAACUUCUCUCUGUUUAUUCCCAAGCAUAGGAAAUUAGCCGGUCGCAUGAUCGACAUUUUCCUAGGAAUGCGAAACGUUGACGAGUUGCAAUCUAUGGCACUCUAUGCUCGUGACCGCGUCAAUCCCUACAUGUUUAACUAUGCUUUAUCCGUCGCCAUUUUACACAGAAAAGACACUCAAGAUUUGGACUUGCCAAGUUUCAUCGCGUCUUUCCCGGACAAAUAUGUUGAUAGUCGGGUGUUGUCCCGGGCUCGUGAAGAAGCCACCAUUGUACCAGCUGGAUCAAGGCAACCUAUUGAGAUUCCCCGUGAUUACACCGCCUCCGACUUGGAAUUCGAACAUCGUUUGGCUUACUUCCGUGAAGAUCUUGGCAUCAAUCUUCAUCAUUGGCAUUGGCAUUUGGUCUACCCCUUCGAAGCAGCGCGUACAGUUGUAGACAAGAAUCGUCGCGGUGAAUUGUUCUACUACAUGCAUCAACAGAUCAUCGCCCGCUACAACUUUGAACGACUUUGUAAUAAAAUGAAACGCGUCGAACGUUGGACUGAAUGGAAAGCGCCGAUUGAAGAAGCGUACUUCCCUAAACUCGACAGUUUGGUAUCCAGCCGCGCUUGGCCAUCAAGAGUAGCCAACCAGAGGAUUCAAAACCUCAACCGUGAAGUCGAUCAGAUCAAAAUCGACGUUGAUGAUAUGGUGCGCUGGCGUGAUCGCAUCUAUGCCGCCAUCCACUCUGGUUUCGUCAACGGCGAAAAUGGCCAACAGAUCCAACUUACUGAAAAUGAAGGCAUUGAUAUUUUGGGUAACAUCGUGGAGGCUAGUAUUUUGUCACCCAAUCGCAACUUCUAUGGAGACAUGCACAACAUGGGCCAUGUAUUCAUCUCGUACAUUCAUGAUCCAGACCAUCGCCAUCUUGAAUCAUUCGGUGUCAUGGGUGAUUCUGCUACUGCCAUGCGUGAUCCUAUCUUCUACAGAUGGCAUGCGUACGUCGAUAACUUAUUCCAGGACUACAAAGCUACUCUUCCAAGAUACACCGUCGCCCAGUUGGAUUACCCUGGUGUCACCGUGCAAGACAUUGAAAUCAAGGCACGUGGAGGUACAGCCAAUGUGAUCAACACUUUCUGGCAGCAGUCCGAUAUUGAUUUGUCUCGUGGUAUGGACUUCCAGCCCAGAGGAUCAGUCUUCGCACGGUUCACGCACUUGCAGCAUCAACCAUUCACCUACAAUAUCACCGUGAACAAUCAAGGUCAAGCGCGUAUGGGCACAUGCCGCAUCUUCAUGGCACCCAAGUUUGACGAGAGGGGCAACCCGUGGUUGUUCCGUGAUCAGAAGACUCUCUUCAUUGAAUUGGACAAAUUCCGCGUUAACUUGAAACAAGGAAUGAACACAAUCACACGUAACUCUAAUCAAUCAACGGUGACCAUUCCAUUUGAGCGCUCUUUCCGUAACUUGGACAACAACCGCCCAACUGGUGGGGACGCCCUGGCGCAAUUCAACUUCUGUGGUUGUGGCUGGCCAGCGCAUAUGCUCAUCCCUAAGGGUAGCCCUGAAGGCUUCACCGCGCAGAUCUUUGUGAUGGUCUCCAACUUUGAGGAUGAUCGCGUUAACCAACAGAUUGAUGGAUUCUGUAAUGACGCAGAGUCGUAUUGCGGUAUUAAGGAUAAGCUGUAUCCUGAUAGACGUUCGAUGGGCUAUCCAUUCGACAGGAUGCCACGUGAUGGCGUCGACACCUUGCAACAAUUCCUUACGCCUAACAUGAGAGCUCAGGAUUGCACAAUUCGUUUCAACGACCGCAUCGUCAAGCCUACAGCCCGCACUUAAACUUUCCCACACUUACAAUGUUGAUGACCACAUGCUGUAUCUAAUUGUUUACUCUCUUUUAGAAUAAUAAAUUUGCAUAUAAUCCAAA